AUGUCAUUUACGAAUGCUCCUGUUACCCGCAGCCUGGUGCUGGGCCUGGUCGUUACCUCGAUCGCCGCAACCCUGUUCGAUGUCAAGCAUUACUUCUAUCUCUUGAUCGAUCCGCACAUUUUGCGAUAUAAUCAGCCAUGGAGAGCGUUAUUGUUUCAGCUCUGCUACACCAACUCAUCCGAAGUCCUCUUCGCAGCCAUGUGUCUGUACAACAUGCGCAUCAUUGAGCGAAUCUGGGGUUCAAGAAAAUACGCAUCUUUUGUAGUCGUAGCAGGCGCCCUCACGACUCUCAUCCUGCCCAUUCUCGUUCUCGUUCUCAGAACACUCACCUUUGGGGCUUUCAACUACCUCCCAGCGGGGCCCACGCCUAUCCUAUUUGCUAUACUCGCGCAGUACCACGCCGCCGUUCCCCACGUAUACCAGUACAGGCUUGCGCUCUCUGCCGCUCCGCCGACAGAUGAGCAGUUCGUCGGAGUAACCUUUUCCAACAAGUCGUACAAGUACUUCUUGGCAAUCCAGCUAGCCCUUUCUCAGUGGCCCGGAUCCCUCCUAGGCGCGAUAGUAGGCUGGACUGUUGGUUAUGCAUGGAGGACUGAUUUGCUUCCUGGGUCACUUACGAAGUGGAGGGUUCCUGGGUGGUUGGUAGGGAUGCGCACGACGAGGAGAAGGCAGGAGUUCGACGGUCUCAGGAGGCGGCUUGAGGACGAAGACGCCACUGGAGCUGCUUCAGGAUCACAAAUUACGCAAGAUACCGAUGCUGGACGCCGUAGGACAGUCGGCCAGCAAAUAUUCGACGAGUUUCGAGGCUCGUUGUGA